AUGACGAACGCUGCAUCUUCAAGCUCUCUCUCCCGCCGGGAGACAUGGCGCCUCUUGAUCCUGGCGGGAGCAGGCCUCGGUGUCAUUGUCAAUUCUCUCCAAGGCGACGGCGCGCCCUUGAUCGCAUCCAUUGCGUUUAGUGCUGUUGCCUUUGUGGUGACAUUCAGUCUGAUCCGAUGGCUGGGACCUGUAUUUCUCAAGGCGGGCUUGAAAGGCAAAGAUAUGGCCAAGCCAAGGAGACCUGAGAUACCAGAGACAAUGGGGGCGGUUUGUGCCGUGGUAUACCUCCUGGCGCUCAUCUUCUUCAUACCCUUUGCCUUUUACAAGGACAUUGUGGCAGCCACCUCGGGUGGUGGAAAUCGAGAUGUAGUUCUUGAGAUUGACCAUGUCGAGAAUGGCCGUUUUUUACAUCGGUUCCCGCAUUCCAAGCUCGCCUCCUAUCUCUCUGGCCUUCUGUCGUUGCAAUGCAUCGUCAUACUGGGUAUCGGCGAUGAUCUACUUGAUAUCCGUUGGAGACAUAAAGUGCUGAUCCCGGCAUUUGGGAGCAUCCCUAUGCUCAUUGUGUAUUUUGUGGACUUUGGUGUGACGCACGUGGUCGUUCCGGUACCGCUGCAGCCCUACCUGGGCUCCUUUAUGGACCUGGGAUGGCUAUACUACGUGUAUAUGGCGGCCAUUGCCAUCUUCUGCCCUAAUUCCAUCAACAUGCUGGCGGGGAUCAAUGGCGUGGAGGUCGCACAGUCUCUCGUGAUCGCUGUCCUGUUGAUUGCCAAUGACCUGCUGUAUGUCGCACCUACUACCCCAUUCCCGCAUCCUGCCACCGACUCGCAUCUCUUUUCCUUGUACUUUCUCCUCCCCUUUGUCGGUGUCUCUUUCGCCUUGCUAUGCCACAACUGGUACCCUUCCAGGGUGUUCGUCGGCGACACCUACUGCUACUUUGCGGGGAUGGUUUUCGCCGUGGUGGGGAUUCUCGGCCACUUCAGCAAAACGCUCCUUCUUCUGUUCAUCCCGCAGAUCUUCAAUUUCCUGUAUUCGACCCCGCAGCUGUUCAAGAUUAUCCCCUGUCCUCGUCACCGAUUGCCCAAAUUCAACGCGAUGAGCGGGAUGCUGGAUGCGUCGGUGACAGAGUGGACCGUGCCACCGUCUCCUCUUGUGGCUACUGGCCUGGAGAUCUUGCACCGGCUACGACUGAUUCGCCUCGUCAAGAAUGCGGAUGGUGAGAUCGUCGAGUCGACUAACCUGACGGUCUUGAAUCUGUGGCUGGUCUGGAUGGGUCCGAUGCGGGAGGAUUGCCUUGCGUGGCAUAUGGUGCUUCUUCAAACCGCCUGUGGUAUCCUUGGCUUGCUUGUACGCCAUCGUCUGGCAUUGUUGGUGUUCCAGCAGGAUAAUCGGGCAUUUGGGCCGGGAGUUUAG